AUGGUGCAGAUACACGAAGAAGAAAUGGACGUAGAGGGCGUGGACUACGAAGAGCUGAAGAAGCGCAUGUGGAAGGACCGCAUGCUGCUCCAGAAGCUGAAGGAAAAGCGUCCUAAGCACGAUGACCAAGAAGAAGCCUCCAGGAGGAAGAAGAUGGCACGUGCUCAGGACUCCAUCCUCAAGUACAUGGUCAAGAUCAUGCAAGUCUGCAACGGUCAGGGCUUCGUCUACGGCAUCGUCACUGAGAAGGGAAAACCCAUCACUGGCUCCUCUGAGAGCCUCCGCGAAUGGUGGAAGGACCAAGUUAAGUUUGAUCAGAGCGCUCCCCUCGCCAUCUCCAAGUACCUUCCAUAUAACGAAAAUGGUGACUUGGAUGCAAGUUCCUCCAUGCAUCUCUUGAAUGAACUCCAGGAUACUACCCUGGGUUCUCUCCUCUCCGCGUUGAUGCAGCACUGUGUGCCACCGCAGAGAAGGUACCCUCUUGACAGAGGGCUGGCUCCUCCGUGGUGGCCCAAAGGCAACGAGCUAUGGUGGGGUGAGCAGGGCCUGCUGGCCCAGGAACAAGGCCCGCCCCCUUAUAGGAAGCCCCAUGACCUCAAGAAGGCAUGGAAGGUUUCCGUCUUGGCUGCCGUCAUCAAGCACAUGUCUCCUGAUCUCCAUAAGCUUAGAAGCUUGGUGGCUCACUCCAAGACCCUGCAAGCCAAGAUGACUGCCAAAGACACUGCCACGUGGUCCAAGGUUGUCAACCACCAACAAUCCCUCACACAAAUCACUCCACCAUCCCCAUCAUCCAUAUCCAUGGUAGAAGCUGAAAGCUCCAAGAGGAAGAGUAGUGUGUUUGAUUUCGAUGAUGAUGGUGCUGAUAUUGACGAUAACAAUAAUAAGCAGAUGUAUGCAUGUCAAAACGCUGAGUGUCCGCAGAGUGAGUUGUGCAUGGGGUUCCCAGACAAGAACUCAAGGAUGAACCAUGAAUCCCUAUGUGCCUACCGCACGGAACAGCCCCAUGUUCUUGAUGAUGACACCAAAUUAUUGGAUGAUUUGAUGAACAUGGACCUAGCAUGGUACCAUGAUGAUAAUAAUCAUUUUGGGAACGAAGAUCUUGUUGCUUAUGAGUUGGCUGAGAUUGCAGCGGGUACCACCAUACCACAAGACUAUGGACUCUUCGGUUUGAAUGGUGGCAUUCACGAAGAUCUUGGAUUGAAUACAUCAUCAGAACUCCACUUGGAAGCAGGAGGAGAUAACAAGAAUAUUAUAACAUGCUUGAAGCCUUGA